AGUCUGCUUUCAUAACCCCAAUCGGCCGGCGAUCCCUCGACGUGCCGCACGCUAUCUGUCAGCAGCCCUUUUUACUAGGCGUGGAUCGACUGCAAAGUGGCGGCGUAGAUUGCCAGAGCAGGUUUCCGUUUUUCUUCUCCUUGAACGAGGUCGUGUGAUACGCUCCAGCCCAGCGCCUACUACAGAUUACUAUAUGUUACGUUCACGAUUCUGCAAGCAGCCUGAAGAAUGAAGAUUUUGAGCUUCGGCAUCGGGGCACAUUAAUCGAAAAUGUCUCUGUUGGAUCGGCUGGCGAUCGUCACCGGGGGAGGAAGCGGCAUAGGCAAAGCAGUCUGCCAGGCCCUUGUCAGAGAAGGGGCGGUGGUCGUCGUAGCGGAUGUCAACUUGGACGCGGCAAAGAAAACAGUUGCUGAACUGAAAGGUAACGCUCACGUGGCACUUCAAGUGGAUGUGGGCGACUCUACCUCCGUCGCCACACUCAUCAAAAACGUCGGCUCCCAAUUCCAAACUCCGCUGAGCAUCGUGGUGAACUGCGCCGGUGUGGGCAAGAUGUCCUCAGUCGUGGAUGUGCCGGAAGAAGACUACGACCACCAACUGCGAGUAAACCUCAAGGGUACCUUCCUUGUCAACCAGGCCGCUGUAAAGGCGAUGCUGGUGAGCAAAGUACCCGAGGCCGCUAUCGUGAACAUAGCCAGCAUUUUGGGCAAAUGCGGUCUAGCGAAUGCUGCCGCCUACGCAGCCUCCAAGGGUGGCGUAAUUGCAUUCACCAAGUCUCUGGCCCAAGAGCUGGCUGGUACAAACAUCCGCGUGAACGCCCUACUGCCAGGAGCAACGCAAACCCCCAUGUUAGAUUGCAUGCCCGAAGAGAUUGUGAAAGCGAUCAUCGGUUCGGUUCCGAUGCGGAGAAUAGCGCGCCCCGAGGAAGUGGCCGACGCAGCGGCAUAUUUGUGCUCUUCACGCAGCUCCUACAUUACUGGGACUAGCAUGGAGGUCGCCGGUGGGUUGUGCGCUUAAAGUAAAAAUAUGUAUUAGUGGUAAAAGGCUUUUAUUUGUCGCUACCUCAAUAAAACUAUAGUAUUUCUGUUGCUCCA